AAAUUUAUUUCAAGAAACAUCUUGCCGAAUAAAACCACAGCGGAGCGUUUUGACUAUGGUCAGCAGUUCUUGUAAUGACAAUGAUUUCUAUAAGUGCGGGUUCCAUGUUCCUGACAUUUGACUCUUGUUUUGAGGGUUGUAGAACAUCUACAGACUAUAAAGACAUCAAAAUGAAAGCAGUGAGAGUACUGGGCAUUGUAAAUAUUGUGCGGGUUAAAAGACGUGUCAUUUCUACGGACCAUCGAUUUACCAUCUGGCCGGGCAGAUGUGUUGACUGAUGUCUUGAUAUGCAUAGAGCGAGUCCAGAAAUUGAGGAAGUUGCCAUGGAGAUUGAUGAUGGACCCCAGACAGGAAGUGAUGUCAGAGGUGAUGUGGCUGGGGGCGUUCAGAAGGGAUCACGACGAGGAGGAGAUCAAGGGGCCACUGGCGGUGGUGGGGAAGACUCGUUACCCCCGGCGCUUGUGCUGACAGGGAACCAGUUUGGUAUGAAGGUUCCCCCACCGGAAUACUCGGGCAUACCACAUGAGCAGAUCGAAGGUAAUACUGUUAUCAAGAAGAAGGGAGCAGAGCAGAUAAUUGGUGAGCUUGUGAAAGCGAGAAUUGAUGACAUGAUGAUAGAAUCCCCACCAGUGGAGAAACCAGCCUUUGAAGACAAAGCACCUGUAGAAAAACCUAAAUCUCGCAUCACUGGGCCAAUUGAAUUGGAUGAUUUUCCUCCAGAAGGACCUGAUGGACCUUCAGAGGGCUUUAGGGGACGAGGAAGGGGCCGUGGAAGAGGACGAAGAAGAGAUUGGGAAGAGAGAGGUGAUUAUGAUGAUGAGGGGUCAGAUCGAAAGGGUUCAGGGUUUCAAAGAGAUAGGCCUAGGCAUGGAAAGUAUAAGUAUCCUGAUGACUUUGAUGAAGAAGAUUUUGAAGAUGAGGGUGGAUACUAUCGUGACGAUCGUGAUCGUGAUGAAUUCCCUCGUGGUAGACAAGAUGAUGAGUGGGGCCCACCAAGAGAGCGUAAUUUUGGCAGGGGGAGGCCAGACUUUGGACCCAGAGGAUCACCUGGAUUUAAUCCUAGAGGGCCACCAGAAAGUUUUGGACCAAGAGGACCUGGUGGACCACCAGGAGGAGGACCUGGCUGGGAUGGCCCACCAAGAGGUUAUGGGCCAUCAGGGCCGAUGGGAUUUGGACCACAGGGAGGGAAUUUUGGACCAGGGGGUCCAGGGCCAGGAUUUGGACCCGGGCCAAUGGGACCAGGCCCUAUGGGUUACGGCCCUCAAGGACCAGGUCCAGGAUUUGUCCAACCAGGAUCAAUGGGGCCUCAACAUGGCUUUGACAAUAAUUAUGAUGGUUUUAAUCAACAGGGUCCUCCAGGAUUUUCUCAGCCAGGACCCCCAGGGCCUGGAGGUUGGAAUCAACCUGAUGCUUUUCAACAGGGUAAUUUUGGUGUUCCUCCUCAGGGCCCACCAAAUCAAACUCAGUCUUUUUCUGGAGAAGUGUUUAACCCCCCUCAGGCUCCAAUGCCACCUUUUCAAAAUAUGCCUGCCCAAUCGAUGCCUACACCUUUACCUGAACCCAUCCAGCCACAAGAAUCAGCAGAGAAACUUAUUGCCCAGGGUAUGAACCCAGAUCUUGCCAAAAUUCUUGAUGCUGGUGGUGGUAGAAAGGUUCAAACUAAUGAUCUUGGAACGCCCAAGUCCAAGAAGAAGAAGAAGAAAGCUAAAGAUAAGGCAUCCGAAGACAUUCUGUAUGAAGAGGCAGCUGGCCCAUCCCUACCAAUGUCAAUUCCACUACCUGAGGAUGUACCAUUGCCACCAGAGCCUAAAAAGAAAAAGAAGAAAAGUAAGAAAGAUAGGGACUUAGAAAAUGUUAUGUUCCCGCCUUUGCCAGGCCAAGUUCAAGAAAUGAAAAUGGUAGGACCAGCUCCUAAACCUGAGUCACCACAGCCUGCUUUGCCGGUGCCAUUACCUUCAGAAACUGAAGAGGCACCUCCACCAUUGCCACAAGAACCACCAGUUCAAGCACCGACCUGCAUGCCACCUACAUAUGAACAGCAGGCAGACGCUUAUUCACAAAAUCAGCUACUACAAAAUCAGCCAAUGGUAUCUGAGGGGAACAUGGGUAUGCAGCAACCCCAGCAGCAAAUGCCCCAACCACAAAUGGUAGGCCAAACCCAGGUUGUUGGUCAAGCACAGAUAAUUGCCCAGCCACAAGUUGUGGCCCAGCCUCAGUUGAUUGGACAACAACAGCAGCAGAAUGUUCAGCAACAGCCAAUGCAGGCUCAGUAUGUUCAGCAACAAGUAAGUCAGCCUAUGGAGCUUCAGUCACAACCACAAAUAGUUCAGACUCAAAUGACUGGGGGACAGGUUCAAGCAGGUGUUCCCAUGUAUCAGCAGCAAAUGCAGCCUCAGGUCACUGUUGUUUCACAGAUGCAGCCAAAUCAGCAGCAACAAAUGGGUACUCCUCUUGUUUCUCAGACAAUGACAGUGGUUUCUCAGCCUCAGAUGAUACAGCAAGUACCUGUACAGCAACAAAUGCAUGUUUCUCAGCCAGUGCAGAUUUCUCAACCAAUGCAGCAAGUUGUGACACCCCCUGUGUCAGUGCGAAGAUCAAGAUUUGACAUGCACUGGACUCCUGAAGCAGUUGCACCAGUGCAAGUUCAGACAACACUUAUUCCUGGUAUGCAAAUCCAAGCCACUCAAGAACCAAUACACCAACAGGGUAUGCCAAACCCUGCUCAGCAGCCGUUCAUUCAGCAGCAACAACAUGUUCAAGUGAUGACCUCCAAAGUAGAUCAGCAAAAUCCUCAUGUGCAUAAGCAAAUAGUUCCUGAUCAGACAUUGAUCCAACAGCAACAGAUCCAGCAGGAUAUUGUGGAACCUUCAUUUGACCAAGCUCCGGUUCCACCACAGCAAAGUUCAGAGGCUGAAGUUACACCUCAAGCUGCUGAAGUUGAAUCAUCAGAACAUAACCAAGAUGCUUCUGUAAUGACGACUGCAGAUUCAACCACCCAGCCACAAGCAGAAAUGGUAUCAGAGACUGAGAGCAGUCCUUCAUUAAAUGAUGUAAAGCUUGAUAAACCUGAAGAGACAAGUGUGAACAUGGAGGUUGAUAGUGAAAGGAGGAUGAGUAAAGAUGAUUCAACUGCUAGUGAUACAUCUAAUCCGCCAUUUUUGUUUCCUAAAGAGCCAGUCACUGCUGCCCAAUUGCUUGAAAAAUUCAAACUUAAGAAGAAGAGUGACACAAAGCCAGAAAUGUCCAAGUAUCCAGUGGCUCUUCCCUCGCCAAUUACACAGAUGGUUUCCAAGCCAGCUCUUAAGGAAGAUUCUAAGGAGCAAAGUGGAGGGAAAGGUUUUACUUUUGCUAUUAGAAAACUUAAACAGAUUGAAGCAGAACAGGAAGAAGAAGAGAAGCAAGCUCUUACAACAAUACCUUCCGAACCAAAAGUUCCUGAAAUGUCAAGUUCUUCUCAGAAUAAAGAUGCACCAAUGGAAACAUUUAAGAAAGACAAGGUUUCAAAAGAGAAAGACACGCGGUCAGAAUCUAAAUCAAAGGACAGAAGCAAGAAGUCAAAAUCACGAUCAAGGUCUGCAUCAAGGACUAAGUCGAGACGUAACAGAAGUAGAUCAAGAGACCGAAGCAGGUCAAGAGAUAGAAGACGAUCAAGGAGAAGUCGUUCAAGAGAUAGGAAAAGCAGAUCAAGAGAAAGAAGUAGAAGAUCGAGGGAUAGAAGGAGCAGAUCCAGAGACAGAAGUAAAUCUAGAGAUAGAUCAAGAAGGAGCAGGUCGCGUGAUCGGAGAAGUAGAUCCAGAGAUAGAUCCAGGCGAUCAAGGUCAAGAGACAAAAAACGAUCAAUAUCCCCUUGGAGAAGAGAUCGAGAGUUUUACAAAAGACAUGGUAGACUCCCUAGAUCUGGUGAAGCGGAUGAUAUUAAAGAUGAAAGUAGAAGCUCAAGGGAUCGAGGUAGGUACAGAGACAAAAAGUCACCAAGCAUAGAUAGACAGUCAAGGAGUCGAACAAGACGUUCAAGAAGUAAGGGUAGAAACUCUAGAAGCAAAGAUAGAAAAUUGAGCAAGGAAGGAGAUAGGGGAAAGAAAGAAAAGAAACACAAAAAGAGUAAAGAUAGAGAGGAAAAUGAAGAACUUAAGGAUUCGAGGAGUAAACAAUUGAAAGAGAAAAAAAGCAAGGCAAGGAAAGAAAGUGAAACUGACUCAAGUGAAGAAAGUGAAGAUGAUAGAAAAGAAAAGAAAAGUAAGAAAAGUGUUAAGGAGAGAAGUCUGAGCAAAGAAAAUAUUCAUGUAAAAACAGAAGAUGAACUGCCAGUAUUAAAACCUGAGGGUAAAACAUUGGAAUAUGAAACCUUGAAGGAAACUGUGCCAGCUGUUGAAUUAAGGAAAGAAACCAUUGAAAUAAAGAAGGAACUAAUUGAAGAUAAUGAAAUGGAAUAUGGACCUCCGGUUCUUCAGCCUGAGAUGGUUAAAGAAGCUACUGCUCAGAAGAAAAAUGAUAAUGAAGACAGUAAAGAAGAGGGAGAGGUUAGCGAUGGAAGCCAGCCUGAACCAGACAAAGGGGCAUUAACUAUUGAGAAGAUGGACACUGGUGAAGUUUCAGACCAUUCUGGCAAAGAAUUCGUUGGAACAAAGAAAAGUCACGUUGAAGAUGAAAGCUCUCCAAGUGCAAGUGAUGUAGAGCAGAGCUUGAAAGCUAAGAAGAAGGAAAGCAAAAAGAAAGAUAAAAAGAAGAAAAAGAAAAAUGUUGAAAAAGAAAGUGUCAAAGUUGCAGAAGAUGGAAAAAGAAGAAAACAAAGUGUAAUGCAGGAGGAGGUGGAUGAAGCGGAAGACAAAGCAAGAAAACAGAAGGAUAAAAGGAAGGUGGAAAGUGGAAGAAAGACUAUUGACAAUGAAGAAGAUAUUUAUGAGCGAAGGGAUACGGCUGCCAAGAAGAAAGAAAAGUAUGGGAAACAUGAUUCAGGAAGUGACUCUGAUGGUCAAAAUGAGUUAACAAGGAAGCAAAAAUCAAAACGUAAUGCUAGCGAAGAAAGAAGUGGAUACUACAAAGAAAGGCAAUCAGAUAAAGGUAGAGAUAAACAUAGACGUAGGGAGGAGCAGGCAGACCCAAUCAAACAAAUGUCUAAGUCUAAAUGGGACAGUGAGAGUGAAAGUGAAGAUGAUUUCCAGAGAGCUAUCAUUGCAGAGAUGCCUGUUCAUAGAAGUGUUGAAAGAAAACAAAGGAAGGAAGAUGAAAAGCAAAGUACAAGUAAAGCUAGUUUAGAGAAAAUUGAAAUUGAUAUCAGUAAAAUUAACCAAAUGAAAUUACUUGAUAAAAUUUUGAAAACGCAGAAAAAGAAACAUAAUGACAGUGAUGACUCUGAGGACAGUUCUGAUGAUGAAAAGAAAUCAAAGAAGGGUAAAAAGGAUAAAUUAAAGAAAAAGAAUAAGAAAGAUAAAAAGAAGAAGAAACAUGCCGACUCUGAGAGCGAUGAUGAAGACUCACCUGAAAAGUCAAAGAAAAAGAAAAAAAAUAAGAAAAAGAAGAAGCAUAGAGAUGACGACAGUGAUGAUAAUGAAAAUGAAGUUGAUAUCAAGAAGAAACAUAAACACAAGAAAAACUCUUCUGAUACCUCUGAUUCUAAUGAAGACGUCACCCCAAGAAAGAAGAAACAAGUCGAAGAAGAGAAGAAAUCAAAGAAAAAGAAGAAAAUUGAUGAAAGUGAUGACUCUGAUCAUGACUACAAGGUUCAUGCGAAAAAAGAAAAGGCAAGGGGGAGACGCUUGUCAGAAAGUGAUGAAGAUGAUGUUAAAUCAAGAAGAAAGGGUAAACAGAAAUAUGAUGACAGUGAUUCAGAUGCAGGCAAGAAGAAGAAGGGUAAAGGAGUGAAGACUGGUCGGUUCUCUGAAAGUGACAGUGAAAGAAAAAGUUCAAGGAAAGGUAAAGGUAAAAAGAAAUAUGAUGAUGACAGUGAAAGUGAUGAUGGAAAGCUGUCAAAAAGAUCUGUGUCCAAAAAGGGUUUCAAGUCUAAAGCAGAGAAUAGUGACAGUGAUGAAAAUGUAAAAAUGCCCAAGCGUGUGAAAGGAAGUAAAGAUAGAAGUAGAUAUGAAAGCAGUGAUGAAGAACCAUACACAAAGCGUGUAGAUAAUAAAAAAUCCAGGAGAGAAAGCGACAGUCAAAGUGUGUCAAGUAGAAGAAAAUCUAAGAAAGGUCCUGAUUUAAGUGCUGAUGAGGAAGUAAGGAAACCCAAGUCUAAAGAAAAGAUGAAAUAUGUUGAAACUGAUGAUAGUGAUAGAGACUCAAAGAAACAGAAAGCAAGGAAAAAUAGGGCAGAGGAAUUCAGCGAUACUGAUAAAGGUUUAAAACGUAGAUCAUCAAAAAGGCACGAGGGAAGCUCCGAUAAUGAAUCCUGGGCACCGGGAAGUGUACGCUCAAAAGGAAAACAAAGUGUGGCAGACUCUGAUAGUGAAGCAGAGAUGACAAAAGGAAGGAAGGACUCAAAGGAAAGACGGAUUAAAGAAGAGAAAGUAAGUGUUAAAGAGUUGCUUAUUACAAAAAGAAGCAUCAGCAAAGAGAAAGGGAGCUAUGAAUCACCUAGAGUGGAAAAAAGGUCCAAGCGUGAGAGAAGCAUUGACUCCAGAAGUAAAAGUCGAAGCCGAUCCAAGUCGCGCUCAUCUAACUCGCUCAAAAAGAGACAGAGAACAUAUUCAUCUGAUGUUAGUGGUUCUGAUGAAGAGAAGCCCAAAAGGACUGAGAGGAGGAGAAGCUUUUCCAGUGAGAAAGAAAUAUUUUCACGUACAAAAGAUAAAAGAAAAGAUGCGAGAGAAAAACAGACACGGAAGGAACAAAGAAGUCGAAGCAGAGAUAGCUUUUCACCAGAGCAGAGAAAAGGGGUGGACAGAAAAAAGAAGCAAAGGGAGAGUAUGGAGGUUGAUUAUGAUAGUUCUGAAGAAAGAGAAAGAGCAAGAAAAGCCAGGUCAGAGAGGUAUGAUGAUGAUUAUCGAUCUAGGAGAAAAGGGGAAGCAGUUGACGAACAACCAAAAGUAGUAAGACAGAAGAAGUACAGCACUAGCUCAAGUGAUGACUCAACUAGUGAAAGUUCUAGCUCAGACGGGUCUGCAAGUGUUUCUGAUAAUGGUAAGGGGAGAAAUUCAAAAUCCACCGUUCAAAAAAACGUGCAAGCUGGGGCAAGUCUCAACAAGGGGCUUGUCCCAGGUACUCCAAUGGUAAAAGAUACAAGUAUUCCGACUAAUGUUAUUGAUGUCAAUAAGAUAAAUUUAAAGGACAAAAGCUCUGAGCAUGGAAUUAAAAAAUCAUCUUCAAAUGAAAAUAUAAAUGAUGAUGAUAAUAAAAUGAGUAAAAAGAAAAAGAAGAAUCAAAAGAAAAAGAAGACAAAGAAAAGUAAAAAAUCCACUAAGAGUAAGGGUGAUGAAAAGGAAGAAACUGAAGUUGACACUUAUGACAUAGUUACAAGUACAAUGAAAACAGAAAAACCAAAAGUUGUUUUGGAAAUCGGACCAGACUUCAGUACUGAUGAUGUAGGGCUUCAAAUGAAUGCAAAGGGUCCUGUCCAAUUAAAGCAUGCACAUCAAUCAAUUGUUGACUAUGACUCAAAUGAUGGAUCCAGAUCUGAUGGUGACAUGGACAGAUUUGCCCCCAAGCUUUCACAGAAAGAAGUGCCUAUUGAAAAGUCAAAACUAUCCAAACAGAACCCUGCUCUUGAAAAUUUGAAUAAGCAGCAAAGUAAAAUUGAUAUCAAAGAAAAUAAACUGAAAGACAAAGAUUUAAAUGUAACUAAAAAUGCAGAUGAGAAAAAAGAAUGUUGUGAUGAACUUUAUGAUCCUUUUGAGGGGAUGAAUAGUGAUUCUGAUGAUUCAGACAUAAAGAUUUCCAGAUCAGAGCCAUCUUCUACAAGUGUUAGCACUUCAUUUAAGGUUGUACUAUCAAGCUUGCUCCCAGACAUAGCUGUGGGACCAACUGCUUCUCAGGCAGAGAAUCAGUCAACUGUGUACCCUUAUCAGUCAGUUCAUGGGACAGUGCAGCCAAUGGUGAACCCAUUUGGUCAACCUGGUAUUGUGCCCUUUCAAACCCAGACACAACUUUCCGCAGUAAUCCCGCCCUCCCCAAUUACACCAGCAUUAUCUUCUAUACCAGUGUCAAGUGAGAUUCCACUUCCAGGGCCAUUGCUUGCUACAGCAUCAAUAACUCCACAAUCCAUGGGAACAUUAGCAAGUCCAGGUGGGGUUGUUCAAUCAGUGCAAGAUAAAGCAAAACCAAAGGUUACUAAACCUGUUCUUGUUAAGGAAAUUAUUCCGACACAAAAGAAGGCAGUUAAAAAGGGCAAGUCAAGGUGGGAUACAAAUGAAAAUGAAGAGGAGAUGUAUGAUCCCUUCAAAAUUGACUCGGAAGACUCGACUGAGGAAUCUUCUAAAGAAACAGAGGAUAGACAAUCAAAGGCUAAAGAUACUAAGACAGAAAUAUCAAAAGCAUCUGAUAAUAAAAGAGAAAAAACAGAAACUUCAACCAUAAAAGAGGCAGAUGUAGCUACAAAAUCGAGAGAAGUAAAACCGGAAGAAGUAGUACAAGCUAAAUCAACUUUUUCCCCAGUUAGACCCUUUAUUAUAUUUCCGAAAGUGUCUAAAGUACAAAAAGUUGACGAAACAACCAUUGCAAAUGUUGUAAGUGAACCAACAGAUAAUGACAAUAAACCAUCUGAUGGUAGCAAAGGUAAAAUAUCAAUGAAAUUUGCUUUAGGACGAAAGCUUGUUGGCAAAUCUGCCAUAGCUCAAGAUGAUGUUGAGGAAAAAGACAGUUCAGAAAUGCCUAAGCUUAAGCUUCCAAAGCCGUCUGAAGAUUUGAGUGUAAUAAUGAGUCUCCUUGGUCAAACACAACCGACUGCAUCAGCUAGACAAGCAGCUGCAGUAAGGCAGACUAAAGCUGAAGCACAAAGAAGAGAAAGAUCACCUGAAAGGAGACGCAGAUCAAGGAGUCGUUCAAGAAGUAGAAGAUCAAGAAGAAGCAAGUCUAAAGAGAGAAGACAAAGCUCUUCAAAAGAAAGAAAAAGGUCUAAUGAAAAAGAGAAGUCUGUUUCAAAUGAAAGAAGCAGGAGAAGCAAAUCGAGAGAGAGACGAAGUAUAUCCAGAGAAACAAUGGAUAGUUUGACCAGAGAUCAGGACAAAAAAACUAAAAGAAGUUCCUCAAGGGAAAAGAAUAGAAGCAAGUCUAGAGAGAGAAGCUUGUCCAAGAACAGAGAAAGAAGAGCUAGAAGAAGCACUUCAAGGGACAGACGGAGAAGUUUGUCAAGAGAUAGAAGAAGCAUAUCAAGAGAUAGAGAGAGGAAGGGUAGAAGAACGUUAUCCAGGGAAAGGAGGACAGAACGUAGUCGAAGAUUGCCAAGAACUGAUGGAAGUCCUUCAAGAGAAAGAGCAAAAAGAAGUAUUUCCAAAGACAGAAGAAUUGAAAGAAGUAAAUCCCGUGACAAGAGAAGCAGGUCAAGAGAAAGGAGGAGAAGAAGUAGAUCCAGAGAAAGAAGGUCUGCGAGAAGUUCAUCAAAGGAUCCACCAAUUAAAGUGAAAGACUUCAGAGCUAGAAGGUUCCGAAGGAGUGAGUCAAGAGACAGGAGAAAAAAUAGAAGUGUAUCACCAAGGAGAGGUAGUGAGGAUAGGAGAGGCCUUAGACGAAAAUCCCCCAAAAGAGAAAGAAGUUCUUCAGAAGAAACUGACCCAAAGCAAAGAAAGGCCUUGAGACAUGAAAGUACUAGCAGUAGCAGCAGCAGUUCAACCUCAUCUUCUUCAGACACAGACUCCCCAGAACCUCCUGCGUCUAAAGUUCCAAGCAAAGGUACUGAAAACAUAGUGACUGAAUCAAAUAAAGCUAAACAAGCAGACGAUAAACAAGGGAAUGAAAAACCCAAAGAUUCAAAGUCGGAUAUGGUUGAUGGACCAGAUUGUUUGCAGAAUGUGGCCAGUUUUGAUAUGUUUAUGGGAGUUGAAAAGGAGAGUGUUGCAGAAGCACCAUUACAAGAGAUACUUUCUGGAGAUAUAUCAGACAUCUCGAAACAGUCAAUUCAGUCCUCUCCUGUAAAGUCUGUUGAAAGGUCAAAUUUGUUUGAAAAAUUUUCGCCUGAAAAGAUUAAAAUUGUUAAAACUGAGGACAUUGAUUAUUUUGAAUCAGAAAAUGAAGUUAGUGUCCGCUCUGAAGAUAGCAAAAUGAUAGCUGAUGAAAAAAAUGAGGAAUGUGACCAGGAAAAAGGAACAUGGGAGAAAACACCAACAGGAUUGUUCAAAUACUCUCCAAAGAAAAGCACUCCACAGGACCUUAGUCCUGUUGUAAAACUGUUUGACAUAUCUCCUAAGAAAGGUGUUAAGUUAUCAGUCAUGGAUAUGAUGGAGCAGGUAAAAGUUAUUGAAGCCAAAGAAUUUGCUACAAGGCAACGAAGUAAAAGUCCUUCGAAUGAACCUUUAGAAAGAACUGAAAGAAGUGUCACACAACGAAGUAAAAGUCCUUCGAAUGAACCUUUAGAAAGAACUGAAUGUAGUGUCACACCUACAUAUGAAACAGUUGAUGAAGAUGAAAAUAGUGUUGAAGACUCAGAAAAAGAGAAAUCUGGAAAGAGUCAACCUGAACCAGCGAAGGAAUCACCACCAAAGAGACUGACAAGAAAGAAGGCAGCUGAGAAAAAAGUUGUUUUGCCAGAUGUUAUGAGCAAAACUAUGCCUGUCAGAAGUAAAAGGAAAUCUCAGGAUAUUGACUAUGAACUGAUAACAGAAGAAAGUGCAUUAAAUGGACCAGAAGAAGAGGAGAAAGAAUCUGACAAGGGAAAAUCAAUUGCAUUUAAAGAAAGUGGUAAUUCAAAGGCCGAUUUGCAAGGAGUAAAAAUCCAUUUUCCUGAUUACCGUAGAUCUUCAAGUAUUGAAGAUGUUGAGAAGAAACUUAAUAAGAUUGUGGAAUUAAAAAGUGCAGCAAGUUCCAUUUCAAUAACAGAUGCCAUGAUUGAAGACAUUCCAAUGCCUCCGUCAACAACAGAUGAAAAUAAGAAUGUGUAUUCUUCACAGGACAAAGGUGCUGACUCUAAACUGCAAUUAUUUGACACAAAGACAGUUCUUAGCAAUUUUGAAGAAUUGCAAUCAACGGAGGUUGUAGAUAUGGAUUUAGAUGAUUCAAAUUCCCCUCAGCACAUUGAAAUCAUACAGCCAUCUGAAACUGCUACUGAUAAGACUGAUAUUUCUCAGCUACCAGAGAAACAUCCCGAAAAAGCAAUAGAAGAAAAAGCAAAAGAAGAGAAGUUUGCAACUUCAAAAGAUACAUCAAAAGAGCCUGUGAAAGGAUUUUCUUUGAAAUUAAUUCCAAAUGUGUUGAAGAAACCUCUGUUGGGUGAUGUCUUUGACACCUCUGAUAAACCAUUGCAGAAACCAUUAAUAAAACUGAAAGACAAAAUUUCACCACUGUCUUUUGGACCACCUGAAUUCAGAAUUGCCCCUGAACCAUCAAAGAAUAUUAUAACCACUGCAGUGGCAACAACUUCGUUUAAGCCAAUUCCUAUUGAAAGUGAGGGUGAUCAAGACAAAGAUAGGGUUGAAACCAAAGUGAAAGGAACAGUAGAAGAGCUAGGUGCUUCAAAUGUAUGCGAUGACUCCAAUGGAAUUAAGGGUAAUAAAGAUAAAGCUGAGAAAGCUAAAAGGCAUGGGGAAACAAGUAAUUCAUCAGCAGUUAGCACAAAUGAUACUGUAGAUAAUGCUGACUUCAAUCAGGCACACUCAACCUCCGAGUUACAACCACCUGUCUUAGUUAGCAGCACACCUGUGACUGUGCAGCUAUCAAAUGCCCCAGUAAAGGUACCUCAAAUUAGCCCAGAACAGAUUGGAAGAGCCAUUCAGGUUAUUGGACAAGAAAACUUGAGAAGAAUUGAAGUACUCCAAAGAGCCAGCAGUGUCGGCAUUGUCCAAGGUAGAAACAUUGAAGUAGUAGGCCAAAGUGUUAAUCCAAGACAAGAAAAGAGUAGUCAGUUUGCACAGGGUGGUACAGAGGAAGAAGAGCUGCAAAUACUUGAGCAAGAGAAAGAACAACUUCUAAGCAUGCUACAAGGUCAAGACAGUGAGUCUGAUGUUCAGUUAGCAGUUGUUGAUAAAUAUGAAGGAAGUGAGAAGAGUUAUGGAGAUCAGGGAAAGUCUGAAAAAGAUGGAGCUGAUGAUAAUCGACAUUCAGACAGAAGCAAAAGUCGAGACAAAAGACAGAGAAGUGGAAGAGAUGAUGAUGAUGAUAAUUAUGAUGAUGAUAGGAAAGCAAGUAGAAGAGAUAGAAGGAGAAGUAAGGGAGAAAGAGAAAGGAGUAGAGAUAGGGAAAGGAGUAGGGAACGAGAUAGCUUUAGAGGCAGAGGAAGAAGUAGAGAAAGGAGCUGGGAGAGGGACAGAGAAAGAGAUAAAAGUAGAGAGAGAAAGAAUAGGAGACCAAGGGAUGAAAGAAGAUUCAACAGACGAUCAAGAAGUGUGUCCAGAGAUAGGGAUAGAAAGAGAAGAAGCCGUUCUAGGGAUCGUAGAAGUUGGAGUAGGGAUAGAAGAAGCCGUAGUAGAGAAAGACUGAGUAGAAGCGGAGGAAGAGUUAGAAGAAGUAGGUCUCGAGAUAGGAGAAGCUGGUCUCGAGAUAGGCGAAGUAGAUCAAGAGGAAGAAGGAGUAGAUCUCGAGAAAGGAGGAGUAGAAGUAGAGACAGACAGCGUAGAAGGAGGAGUAGAUCAAGAAGUAAGGACAGAAGAUCUCUGUCCAAAGACAGGGAUGGCGAUAAUAGGAAAGAAAAAGAUAAAAAGACCAAAGAAUCGGCUCUUGAAAAGUUUGAGAGAGAAUUGGCAGAGAAAAAGAAGUUAUUACUCCAGCCUGUUCAGCAAACUGAACAUAAUCUGCAGAAUCCUGCAGUUAGCCAGCCAGUACAACAGAUGCAAGGUCAGUUCCAAGGUGUUGAUCCAACGUCUGGGGCCCAUUUUCUUCCACAACCGUUUCCAGUUCAUCAACAACAAAUGCAGCAAAUCCAGCAAUUUCCGAUGCUUACACCUGAACAGCAGAUACCACCAGGGUAUGUGAUCGAUCCCAACACAGGAAUGAUGGUUCCAGCAAGUCCGCAAGUUUCGCAACCAGGACAGUUCUACCCAGAAAGUCCACAAGUUCCUCAGUUCUAUGGAGAGGGAAUGAUGCCACAAAUGGCUCCUAUGCCAAUGCCUGGGCCUCUUUUUCCUGGACAGAUGGGACCUCGAUUUCCACCUGGCAUGUUCCCCCCAGGGCCUUAUCCAAUGGAUCAGAAUUUCAUGCCACAAGGGCAUCACCCACAAUAUGGACAUGAUGAUGGAUACAUGGGGCCACAUGGACCAGAGUAUCAGGAUUAUGGGGAGGGUGAUUAUAGAGAACCUCCAGCUAAGAGGAAGGGAAGAAGGAUUUCUUCAAAUCAGCAACAAUAUCAAGAAGAAACUGCUAAAGUUGAAGAUGACAGAGCUGCUAAGCUAAAAGCAGGAAUUGGUGGACCUGGAAUGCCGGGGUUUCCAGCUAUAAAGCUAAAAGAUGGAUCAAGCCUGGCGUGUAAGUCCAGGACAGAGAGACAAACUAGUGCAGAGAGUGUACCUCAAGAAUCAACUCAAAUCGCAACAAUUCUAGGAAACCUUACUGAGAUCAAAGUUGAAACCAAAGUUGCAGUUGAUGACAAAAUUGAAGAACAGAAGACUGAAGGUGGUGAUGUGAAUGCAGACAAUAAAAACAUGACUGGUUUUGGUGAAUGGGGAGCAGUUGCAGAUGAGAAGAAAGAUGAUGAAGAUGAGGGAAUACCACCUUCAACACCUACAUUGUCAGAGGAUAACUCAGAAUCAGACUCGGCAUCUGGAAGGCUAAUGAAGGUGAAGUCUCGCUGGAGGCGGGCCAGUGAAGCAGAAACCCCGCCCCCUCCCCCACCCCCCAGCAGGAAGAAGUACUUUAACCCGGAGGGUGUUGUCCAUGAGAAACUGGAUACAGAAGCCACGGAGGAUGAUAUACCGCUGCAGUUUGAGCUGAUAGCAGAGAAUGAUUACCUGGCUGAAAGGAAGAGGUCCAAGCAGAUGCGCGAGGUUCGACGUAUGGUUUGUGACUGUACGACCAGCAAAGAAGAACGUGAAAUGGGAUAUGAGCCGUGUGGGGAGGACUGUCUCAAUAGAAUGCUCUUCAUUGAAUGUGGUUCGAAGUGUCCGUGUGGGGAAUAUUGUACAAACAGGAGAUUCCAGGGGAAACAAAAUGCUGACGUAGUCCCAUUCAAGACAGAGUGGAAGGGCCAUGGGAUGAAAGCACUCGAGGACCUUCAACCGGGCCAGUUUGUCAUGGAAUAUGUUGGCGAGGUAUUAGACUAUCCAAUGUUCAAGAAGAGAUCGAAGCAGUACUCGAAGAUGGGUCAGCAACAUUUUUACUUUAUGGCAGUGAACCCAGAGGAGAUUAUAGAUGCGACAUACAAGGGGAACAUAUCGCGAUUCAUCAACCAUAGCUGUGAUCCGAACUGUGAGACACAGAAGUGGACAGUGAAUGGUGCUCUGAGAGUUGGUUUCUUUGUGAGAAAACCCAUCAAGAAGAAUGAAGAAAUCACAUUUGACUACAAGUAUGAAGUGUAUGGUAAGGAAGCCCAGAAAUGUUAUUGUGGCACGUCGAUCUGUCGAGGUUGGCUUGGCGGAGACAAGAAGAUAGAGCUACGAUCCACUCGUCGAUCAACUUCUGUGGAGGAAGAGGAGAGAAAGAGGAAGGAAUUGUUCGAUGACAGUGAUAAGCUUGAGGAAGAGAUUGAGCGCAUGUCAGAGCUAGAACAAGGCCUGAGAAACAAGCACGAUGUCCUUAGUAUCUGCCGUCUCAUGGUGCGAGCAGAGGACGCGGAACACAGGAGACAGAUUCUGAAAGUGCUCGAGAACACGACGGAGACAGCAUGUCUGCGAUUGUUCAUCGACUAUCAUGGUCUUCCACUUCUCUGGUGCUGGAUGGCCGACAUCAAACAGCAAGUGUCGGAUCUCAAAAUUAUAAUUCUUAAAAUACUCAAGACACUUCCAAUCACAAACAAGACAAUACUGCAGGACAGUAAAAUCCUCGAUAUCGUCACAAAAUGGGCCGAACCGCAGGAAGGGUUGGUCAUGUUGGACUCAAGUAUCGCUGAAACAACUGACACAAACACUGAAGAUGACAGUGAGCCCUCUUUACUGACUCCACCUAUCUCUUCGUACAAAAGCCCUGUCUCAAUUUUGUCCGCUAUCGGUAAGAAAACAGUGAAAAAGAGUGUGAAAUUUGCUGACGUUGAGUCCUCGUCGGAUUCUGAAUCUCGAGCAAGCGCUAGUGAAAACGAGAAUCCAUUGGAAAGUGAUGUAUCUAGUAGCUCUCAGACUGAAAAGAAAAAGAAAAGAUAUGGGUUACGAAGAAGACUGUUGGCUAAAGAUGGUCCACCGAUGGUUUCUAGUGCAGAUGAUGACAUUGCUGAGGAUGAAAAUGUGACACAGUCUGCUGAUGCAGAUAGCUCAACUGAGAACCAGUCUGAGCAAGAGGAAGUAGCUCUUCAAGAGAAAGGAGGGGAAGAUAGUACUGAAGAUGAGAAAAGCGAGGUAAUUGAGGGUGAAUCUGAUGAAAUUAAGGAGGAAAAGAGUGAUGAAAAAGAAGAAGAGGGGAAUGAUUCGCAGAGUGAGAAGAAAGAUAUGGAAGCAGAAAUGAUGGAAGGGGAUAGUGAGGAGGAAUUGAGACGGAAGGCUGUGGAGAUUAUAAAACUGGCUCAGGAAUUGUUGGAACACUGGUCCACUCUCAAGGAGAUCUUUAAAAUCCCCAAGAAACAGGUUCUGGAGAACAGAAAGAAGGUUGAGAGGGAGCUGGACUCCAACUAUGAGAUACUCUCUAAGCUGGAGAAGAAAAAGAAGAAAGAGUCAGGCUGGGACUCGGACAAAGGUCGGAAGCGGAAACGGGAACUGAGCUAUCGAGAGGAUACAGAUGAUUCAGACCAGGGUAGCAGAAAGUCAUUCCUGGUAACACCUCCACGUAUGAGCAAAGUGGAACGUCGACAGUUGUUUGAGGCCCAGGUUAAAGCCCAGGAUGAAAUGGCUGCUGAUUAUGCUAGAAAACAGGAACAGUUCCAACAGGAGCAAUUUGAACAGGAGCAGUUAAUUCAGCACCAACAUCAAAGGGAGUUAAUGCAGGACCCGGGUUUCUGGUACUACGCAACCAACGAUCCAAACUUCCUCCCGUCCAUCGGCAUAGAUCCGCACACCUUCUUGCAACAAUUGGCGUGCGAUCCAGUGCUUCUUCAGCAGCUAAUGUCAACUGUGCCCAACUUCCCCCAGCAAUUGGAACAUCUUACUCUCAUGUAUCAGCAAGCCGUUCUGCAGGCAAGCCAGCAGCAACAAGUGCAAGUCCAGGAGUUGGCGCCACCUGAAGUUUCCGAUGAACCGAUGACAGAUCAACACCUGGCCUUCCUACAACAGGUUGAGGCUUUUAAACAGCAGCACCUAGAGACCGCACUAAAGGUUGCCAAGCAAACAGAGGAGGAAGAUGUCCCGCCACCCCCGUCCCCUCCCAAGGGCAAGGCCGUAGUGCUGCCUCCCAAUUGGAAAACCGCAAAAGAUGUUGAGGGGAAAAUGUAUUACUACCAUACCGUUACAAGGCAAACCCAGUGGGACCCUCCCAAUCUGGAUACAGGAGAGCACAAUGAUGAUAUGGACAUUGACACCCCCACACAGGAUGAUACCACCACUUCUAAGCCUGAAGUCAUAGAAGAGAGGGAAAAGACGACCACUGCCGCGGCCGACACCUCCAGUGAGAUGUCAAAGAAACUGAAGGAACAAUUUAAAUCCAAGAUGUCAAUAUGGAUUGUGGACUGUCUGAACCCAUACCGCAAGUCAGACUGUAAAACCGGGAAAAUCACAAAUAAGGAUGACUUCAAACACCUCGCAAAGAAGCUGACGCACCAUGUAAUGGCGAAAGAGUUGAAGCAUUGUCGACAUGUAGAGGACUUGGAAGUGAAUGAAAAUGUGAAAUCCAAGGCCAAAGACUUUGUGAAGAAGUACAUGGCCAAGUUUGGGGCCGCCUACAAACGCUCAGGGACUUCACCAUCAUAUGAUUAAACCAGUCUGUAUGCUUAUAACGUUUAACCAGUGACAAUCAGAGAAACUGUAUGUUAAGAUUGCUAAGCUAAUCUGUGAAGGUGACUGAAUCGGUCAUGCAUGAACGCUGAAUGCUUAAAUGACUUGGUUUUAAACCAGGCUGUGAAGGUGACUAUGUCAGUCAUGUAUCAACGCUGUAUGUUUAAACGACAUAACCGGAAAUAAAAGGAGGCUGUGGAUUUAUGGCUAAACCAGUCUAGCUGUAAAGCUUUAUGAUUGAAUAUCUAAACCAGGCAAAGAUUUUGAAAGGUUAAACCAGUCGAGCAAUUCAACUGUAAACAUGAACUAUUAAACCAGUCAAUUAUUGUUUAAGGACUGAACCAGUCAAGUAAUUUAUGACAAAACCAGUCAAUAAGUUAGAAAUUGUUUGCUGUGAAGGACUGAUCUAAUUUACCAUGGCAAAAGCUUGGUCUAAAAUGACAGAACUUUAGUUUCAGGCGUGAAACAGUGUUUUUUUAUCUGUAAUGCAGCCACUUUUAAAUCUUGUGCAGUUUUAUGCAUUGCUGCUGUUUUAGUGAAAAUGGCAUUUAUAUGAAGUUUAAAUGUGUGAAUAUAAAAUACAGUUCAAGAUCAAUUGUUUUGGUCUGGUUCACAUUUUUCUACCUGUAUACUGUGACUAAUCAUUCAUUGAAGCAUUGAAUUACACAUGUGUACUUAAAUUUGUUCUUUCGUUGGACAUCAAUUUUUAUAGAACAGACACAUCAUGAUAAUAUUGUUACUUUUGAAUUUUUUUGAGUUAGAGUAUUUUAUAUACAUGUAUGUGUGUUUUUAAUUCUAUAAAUCGUUUUUGUAUUUCAUUAGAUUAUUCUGUAAAUUUAUAAAAUUGUUAAUCAGUGAAUCUUUAUAAGUCUUAACUCAUUACGUGGCAUUAGAUUCCAAGAUAUCAGACAUAAAAUUCCAUAAAACAACAGGUUGUUUAUGCAUCUUUUGUGAAUCAAAUGUUGCUUUGAGUCAUAAAAAACUAAGAAAAGGGCCUUGGUCAGAACUUUGUUUAGUUAACAGCAUGUGCAGUUUUGUUAACUUUGAAAGGUGGAAUAUUUGAUGAUGUUCUAAUAUAUUUGAAUAAAACAAUUACGGGUGAAAUAUUUAUCUCAGAUCUUCUAAGAAAUACUGCAGAUCAUAAAUGUAUAAACUAUUCAUGAAAUGUCUAGAUAUUUAAAAGUUAACAACGAUGACGUUAACAACGUUGUUAACUUGAACAAAGUUCUGAACAACCAGCCCAAUUCUCUUUAAAUGUUGUUACACUAUGUUAAUUUUUGCACUUAUCAUUUUGUUAAAUGGAUAUCAUGUCAGUUGUUGUGUAAAUAUUUUAAAUGUAUAUACAUGUAUAUUUCUUGUAAUGUUACUGAGAACUUACAAUAAAAAUUAUGAGAAGGUUCAA